CAAGUAAACCUCUCUAUAUAAAGAAAGGAGAUGUAUCAAUCUAAUUAAGCAAGAAUUAAGAAGGAAAUCCCUUCCCUCUUGCCCGGCCAUGGGCAAAAAGGCCCCCCGGCCGGCCCUCUUGCGCCCUUCUUCUAGCAACGCCAUAACAGCUUGGAAGAUACUUAAUAUUCAUGACAUCCAGAGCUUUCAAAGCAUGACUACACAAUAUACCAACUCUUUCAAAUUGGCCACAUCUACAUAGAACUUUUUGCUCUUCAUCAACUAUAACUUUGCAUUCUUCUUCAUAAGAGCAUUCCGGGUCAAGAUUGGCAAUUGCAACAGUAUAUGCAUUGUCUUCCUCCGAUGGCUUGAUGUACGCUGAGAUGGAUCUUUCGUAUUCAUUCUGAAAAUCUUCAAAUAUGCUAGGUGUGUAAACUUUGCUUGCUUGUAUUACUGUAGGAGUUCUUAUUCUAACUCUAGGUAAUUUUUUCCUCGACUCAUAUUCCUCAUUUACCUCUUUAUCUCUCUUUCCUUGCACAACCCUCUCUACGUGCUUGAAAAAACGAAGAAUGUCAAGAUCAGACUUCAAAUGGUCUUUCAAGUCACUAUUCAAGCUCUCACUUAAUUGUGUUCUUCUCAUGCCUAUAGUAUAAGCAUUUCUCAUGUAAGAUCUUGCCCAUUUCUCUUUUACUUUAUAGAUACUGUCCAACCAAGUCUGUGUAUCCACAUUGAUUCUUAUGGCAGUGAAAGCUUCUUCAAAGUCUUCCUCUUCCUCGUACUUGUACAUGCAAGCACUGAAAUCAGCAAGUACAUUUGGGCCAUCCUCGUCUUUUUUCUUAUGAGGAGAAGGAAGGCAAAAGGGAGAUCAUCUACAUUAAUCUCCUGUCAAGUAUUGGAAAUCCCAAGUAUUUCAUGAGCAAAGCACCUAUGGUACAACUUGCAUGAGAAGGAUGGUAAAAGUGAGUUCAAAAGGGAGAUCAUCCACACCACUUGCAGAUCAGCGGGAGAAGAACAAUCAAUAGAGAGAUAGGGCAAAAGGGAGAUCUUUAUGCCACAUAAACUUGCAGAUCAGCGUGAGGAGGACAGAUAUAGGGCAAAAGAGGAUCUCUAUGCCGCCCAUAGAUCAACAUAUACCUUGGUCACGUUCUGGCUACAAGAAGGAUGAUCAAGGAGGACUGGGGAAGACCGGCGGGACGAAGGCAUGGAGAUCGCUGUUUGGCGCCAAUGUGCGUUCUGUUUGGCGCCAAGCAGCCGUAGGAGAUAUUUCACCGGACAAAUUGGGGUGUUUGUUUUCAUUCUUUAAAAGAAUUAAGUGGGGAAAUUAGAGCAGUCAGAUUGGAAUUGACGGCUGAUGUAGAUGUCUACAGCAUCCGUGCAGUAAUAGUUGGACUGCAGAGGAGCCGAACCCCGUGGAAGAGGAGUUUCCGAGACACCGCACAACAGAUCGAGAAAUCCUGAGGCUAAAUCACGGUACAUGCGCGGGCGCGCAUGGCCAUGGCGAUGUCAACCGGCGACGGCGUCGUCCACCGCAUGCUCAGCCUCCACCGAGUCGUCAAGAGCAAUCUCGUCGCCGGUCUCCUCCGGUUCAUCCCGACUGCGCCGACGACGACGGCAGCACCGGCGGUGGAGCCGCCCGCGUGCCUGCUCGGAAACGGCAUCAAGACCGUGGUGCUCGAAGUCGACGCGCUGCUCCUCAAGUCUUCACCGCCGUCGGCCGCGACGCUGUUCCCUCCUUUCUUCCUCGUCGCCGUCGAGGCCGGCAGCUUCGCCCGAGGCCUCCUCCUGCUCGCGCUCUACCCGUUCCUGCACAUCAUGACGCACGCGAUGUGUGUAGAGGCCAUGGUCAUGGUCAGCUUCUGCGGGCUGCGGCGCGACGAGGCGGCGAGGAUCGGCAGGGCCGUGCUGCCCAAGUACUUCUCCAAGGAGGCGGCGCGCGUGGAGGCGCUGGGGGAGGCGAGGGAGGCGACGGCGAGUGAGGUGAAGGUGGCGGCGGCGAGCAGGUCGUUCCCGACGGUGAUGGUGGAGGCGUUCUUGAAGGAUUACGUGGGCUUCGACGCGGUGAUCGGCAGGGAGGUCAAGGCGGGCUACGGAUACUUCGCCGGUGUAAUGGACGACGGGAACACGUACGCGGAGAGGCUUAGGGCUGCGGUCAAGAGAGCCGAAGAGAACACUACGUACCACUACCCGAAGCCCAUGAUCUUCCACGACGGGCGGCUGGCGUUCACGCCGACACCGGCGGCCGCGCUCGCCAUGUACGUCUACUUCCCCUUCGCCGUCGUGCUCUCUGUCGUGCACAUCGCCAUCUACACCCUCCUCCCGCGGCGCCUGAUAGGCCCAGCCGCCGCGCUCGCCGGCGUGCGGGUGCGCGUCACCGGCGCCCCUCCCGCCGCCGCGAACGGCGAGAGCGGCGCCUCGGGCGGCCGGCUCUACGCGUGCAACCACCGCACGCUCCUCGACCCGAUUGCCAUCUCGAGCGCGCUGGGGAAGCCCGUGUUCGCCGUGACGUACAGCCUGAGCCCGCUGUCGGAGCUGCUCUCGCCGAUCCCGCUGCUGCGCCUCACCCGCGGCCGCGACGAGGACCGGCGCCGCAUGUCGGAGCUGCUGGAGCGGGGCGACGUGGUGGUGUGCCCGGAGGGGACGACGUGCCGCGAGCCGUACCUGCUCAGGUUCAGCCCGCUGUUCGCCGAGCUCGCCGACGAGGUGAGCCCCGUGGCGGUGGACGAGCGCUCCACCAUGUUCUACGGCACGUCGACGUCGCCGGGCGCCAAGUGCUUGGACUCGGUCUUUUUCCUGAUGAACCCACGGCCGGAGUACUCGGUCCACUUCCUGGAGCCCGUGCGCACAGACAACCCGCGUGGCAGCAUCGAGGUCGCGAACCAGGUGCAGGGCGUGCUGGCCGGCGCUCUCGGGUUCACGCCCACGGCGCUGACGAGGAAGGACAAGUACUUGCUGCUCGCUGGUAACGAGGGGGUCGUGGCGACCAAGACGAGCAAAGUCAUCUAGGAUUGUAGGGAUGCUUAGAAUAUAUACAUAGUAGAGUGUUGUUUUGCGGUACUGUACAUUGCACUGCAUAACCACAUUUUUUGUAUGCCGGAUUGAUGAACUGGGUAUGUUUGGAACGCUAAAGUUUCAUAUAUUUCACAUGGGAUGGGACACAUUAUUCAUCA